AUGAUUAAAGCAAGAGACAUAAUUUACCCGUUGAUCAAGAGAAGAGUGGGUAAUGGUGAAUCAACACGGUUCUGGUAUGACAACUGGUCUCAUCUGGGGAAGCUCUAUACACUCCUCAACGCUGAAUCUUCGAGACUCGGAAUCCCCCUUUCUGCGACUGUAGCAUCUAGAUAUAGAGAUGGGAGAUGGGCUCUGCCGCCAGCAAGAACAGAGAAUCAGUUAGCUUUACAGGUGCACUUGACAACGGUUGUAUUGACAAAUGAAGAAGAUAGCAAUGAGUGGGUGAUAGAUGGCAAACAGAGACAGAAGUACAAAUGUGGUGAAGUCUACACUUAUCUGAAAGGACCUCGGCCUCUGGUUCCUUGGGCGAAACUGGUUUGGUUCUCUUAUGGAAUUCCUCGCCAUAGCUUCUUAACUUGGCUUGUCUUACUUGAUAGGUGUCCAACUAGAGACAGGUUAAUCAACUGGGGAUUAAAUGUUGUCCCACACUGCUUGCUUUGUAACACAGGCCAAGAGAGUAGAAAUCACCUCUUCUUCGAGUGUCCCUACAGCAACACCAUCUGGACAUGGAUUGUCAACCGCUGUGAUCUCCAUCUCUCGAUCUCCUGGGAAGACACAAUACUCCAGCUUCAAUCACUAAGAGGGAACAAAGACUCCAAGCGUCUCUGUCUGCUAGCAACCCAAGCCACAAUCUACUGGAUCUGGUCGGAGAGAAACACAAGACUUCACCACCAAGUUUUCAAGGCACCUGAGACCUUAAUCACCACUAUUGACAGGCAAAUCAGAAAUCGUCUUCAGAGCUUCCGAUAUGCAAACUCCAGAGCUUCUUCAGCAAUGACUCAACUAUGGUUCCUCCGAUCGUGA